CGCGAACCGACGACGAUUAUUUUUCAGUACGUAAUAUUAGUUCGAAAAUUGACAUAAUAAUUCGUAUCGCGUGGAGGGUAAUCCAUUACACAGUUUUCGCGAUUCUUCAGUUGAAAUUAAUUCACGAGACUUUGAAGAGCGCAGAAAAAUAUAAUCAUCGACGGACGGGAGGCUCUUUCUUUCUCCGUGGACGUCGUAUACCUAUACCGGCCGGGAACCGUUAUAACUUUCGUGCUAUUUUUUUUUUUUUUCCACCAGUUUCUCGUCGUUUUUCUGUUUUCUAAUUCGGAAUAUCUUAUCCCGUUUAACGCAUAGGAUAUCCAAUCGCGUAUCACGCGCGGACGUAAUUAUGAACGAAGUUCAUUGUUUUCAGCGUUGUUUUUAUUGGCGUCAUCCGAUAUUCCUCGGUUUCUUAUCGAAAUGAAAAUUUAUCGGUUCGCGUCGAUGUGUGAAACGAAAACGAAGGUACGUCGGGUAUAAUUUGGUGCAAACUGGCGAUAAAGUCGAGCGCGGCGCACAGCCGAAAAUUAAAAAUCGUCGAUUCGCGCACUCCGAGUAAAAAUUGUCUGUGUUUUUUUUUCUUCAAAACGGCGGGAUUCCUAGUUUGUCCGAACAGCUGGUCGAAAAUUCGUUUUUUUUCGAAGACAAUCGUUUUCACGGACUCACGGCGUGUGUGACCGCGUUGUUGGAAACCGACGACGGAACGCGAGACCUCGUGCCACUGAACUGAACGGUAAACCCGGUCGAGUCCCCGAGUACUUUCCCGAUCUCACAAAGGAAUGAGCAGCACUUACGGUAUAACCGCAAAGACAAUAUUGCACCUAGUGCUGAACCGGGAAUUUACAGAAGAACGAGCGACGUACAUUUCUUUGUUGGUUGCGCGAACUUUCGACUGAUACGAGCGACGAUUUUUCGUACGCGCGGUGCUCGAAAUUCAUUCAAAUUCCAUUCGUCCGAACGUUGUCGAGUGUUCCUCUUUUUCGUUACUGCGAAAGUUUUGGAGUUUAAUUAGCUGGCGGAUGACGUUCGUUUCGAAAACAUGGCGAGUGAUAGCAGUGAUUUCGAGGACGAACAGCCUCUAAUUCCUCCGAAAGUUGAUGAUAUUGAGAAGGGUAGCGAAAAAUCGAGUCUCGCGAUGAGGAACAGGAGGGUCGACGCCGAAGGAGAAUUCUUGGUGGGAUCGGAACUAAUGACGAAGAGCAAAAGAAGAGGAUGGCGUCGUUUCCUGAUAGGUGCGAUAGUCGGAAUAAUCGUUAUCGCCCUGAUAUCGGCGGCCGUGUUCCUACUGACCAGCAGCCCGUCGGAUUCGUCGGCCGACGAGCCCCUGCCGGAGGGUAUUACUCUCGAGGAUUGGCUGAGGGGAGCCCUGGCGACCAAGAGUUUCAACGGGACGUGGCUGAGCGGUAACGAGGUGCUCUUCCAAGACGAGAAUGGUAACGUGGCGAUUCGGAACGUGACCGGUGAAAAGCCGACGACGAUAUUGUCGGUAACAAACGUUAACCUCGCCGCCAGUUUCGACUACAAACUCUCUGCCGACCGUAACUACUUGCUGCUAGCAUCGAAUUACCAGAAGUUGUAUCGUCACACGUAUCUGGCGCAGUACACGAUCGUGAAUUUGGACACACUAAUGGAAACGAGGCUCACGGCGCCGAUGAUGCAACUGGUUACGUGGUCACCGAAGGGAAACGGUCUGGUCUACGUCUCGCAGAACAAUAUCUUCUACAGACCGGAAGCUGAGAAUGAUACUGUUUACGAAAUUACGACAGACGGUAAAUUCGGAAGCGUUUACAACGGAGUACCCGACUGGGUUUACGAGGAGGAAGUAUUCGGUUCGAACGAAGCUCUCUGGUUCUCGCCCGAUGGUACUCGACUGGUUUUCGGACACUUCGAUGACACGGAAACACCGAUAAUGAAUAUACCCUUUUACGGAUACCCGGGAAGUCUGACUUCGCAGUACACGUCGGCGAUACCGAUUCAUUAUCCUAAGAGCGGGACCACGAAUCCAACGAUCAAACUUUUGUACGUCGAUCUCGAGCUUGCGGCGAACGGAAACGUUACGUUGGUUGAAAUACUCCAUCCGACUCAACUGGAUAACGUAGAACGGAUACUAGCUGCUGUAGAUUUUCCCACAAAUAAUCUCGUCUCGGCCACAUGGAUGAAUAGGGUGCAAAAUCAAGCCUACGUUCAACUCUGCGAACCCGCGAUGAACGUUUGCGACACGGCGCUUUCCUACGUCGAAACAGCCGGUUGGGUGGACCAAUUCGAGCCACCGAUAUACAGCAAUGAUGGAACUGCUUUUCUGUUGAUUCUUCCCCAAAAUCAGGGUGACUCUGGGGACUGGCGGCACCUGGUAAUGGUGACAAAUGCUACCUCCGGUUCCCCAGUCACAACCGCCCUUACCUCGGGCACUCACGUAGUUACUGAGAUACUUUCCUGGGACGAAGCCAACUCUUUGGUAUACUACCUCGCGACGGCCCCUUCCGAUCCGGCUCAGCAGCAUCUUUAUCGGGUGGAUAUAUCGAGGAGGGAAUUCAAACAGGAAUGUCUAAGUUGCGGUGUAAAAAAUACCAACGGGGAUACCUACUGCCUUUACAACACCGCUAAACUUUCCAAGGAUAAUUCACACUACGUUCUGACCUGCGCGGGACCCGGAGUACCGGAAAUAUCAGUUUACGCGAAGGACAACAGGAAACUAUUCAACUGGGAGGAUAAUUCCGGCGUUGCUUCGGUCGUCGCUAUGAAAUCAAUGCCCGAUGUAAAAAGAUUCUCGGUACGUGUAGACGGCGGUUUCGAAGCACAAGUCAAACUCACCCUUCCUCCUAACGCUGAUUUGACGGGAGCAACAAAAUAUCCCAUGCUCGUAUACGUAUACGGUGGUCCCGACUCGUAUCAGGUUACCGAAAGGUUCAACGUCGAUUGGGGUUCUUAUCUGGUUACCAACAAAAGCAUCAUCCACGCUGCAAUCGACGGAAGGGGAUCAGGAUUAAAGGGAAACAGCAUGUUGUUCUCCGGAUAUCGUAACCUUGGCACAGUUGAAAUCUUCGAUCAAAUAAACGUUACGAGGUAUCUUCAAGAAAAUCUUCCUUACAUCGACGCAACAAGAACUGCAAUCUGGGGCUGGAGUUACGGCGGUUACGCCGCAGGCAUGAGUUUAGCUUUGGAUUUCGACGGUGUAUUCAAAUGUGGAAUGUCGGUAGCUCCGGUUACAGAUUGGGCGUUGUACGAUUCUAUCUACACCGAACGAUUCAUGGGACGUCCAACGGUCGCAGACAAUCUCGAAGGAUACGUACAGGGUCAACUUUUAAACAAAGCUGAUAAUAUUAAAAAUAAGCAAUAUUAUCUCAUUCACGGAACACUGGACGAUAACGUUCACUACCAGCAAUCUCUCAUGCUUGCUAAGGUCCUCGAGCAUAAAGACAUCCUCUUCAGACAGCAGACCUACACGGACGAGGAUCAUGGAAUCGCUCAAUCUCGAGCCCACCUUUAUCAUUCGCUCGAAAACUUUUUGGACGAUUGUUACCAGACGUCUUCAUCUUCAUGAUCGGAAAAUCGUUACAGUUGUUGGUGAUUUUACGAAAUAACGAUCAAUAGUUAUUUCGAUCAGGAAUCAUUGAAUAAAUCUACUGAAAAUGAAAGAGAAAAAUUAGUUGAAUGAAAGGAAUAAAAAAAAGAAUAACAUUUGGUCUGUACAUAUACAUAUAAUAUUACAUAAUUCUUGCUACUUGUACAUACAUAGUUUAUUAUUAUUAUGUACGAUAAUGUGACACGCAAGUGUUGGUGUAAAUAUACAUAUUGGUUAAUUGAUUGGAGAUUUAAUUAAUUGAAAAAAAAAAAAAAAAUUAAAAAUUAGGAUGAAACUUAACGUUUUACAUGUUAUAUACAUAUUAGCUAUGGAUCAAUUUAAAAAAAAAAGCGUAUAAUAAUGAUAUGAUAACAGUGUAUUUAUAUUAUUAUCAUAAUUAUUAUUAUUAGGUAAUACGGGCUACAGCUAUUGUUGAAACAAAAAAAAUUGGUCGUAACUAUAUUAUUUUAUUUUUUUACACCUUUUACAAUCAUGGUUAUGACAGAUAGCUGGAUUGUGGAGAAGAGGCAAUUUUCUAGCUGCUUUGUUAUGCGAAGCUGACUCCACUAUUAACGGCCUUAGAACUUGAAACCUUUUAUAAUUAAAGGUAUAAUAAAAGAUUGAAUUAAUUACUUAUGUUAAUUAGAGUAAAAAUUAUUACUAAAUAUGAUGACGUACUUGAGCGAAUAUUCUUGCGAGUGUUUAUUAUCCUAGGGCUGUGGGAAAGUAAUUUUAUAAACACAUAAUUCGAAUGAUGGAACAAAUAUUCAAUUGAAAUUGAAAAUCAAAUCAAACUUUAUGCCUACUAGGUGCAGUUGUAGUGAUAAACUAUAAUUAAUAUUAAUGAUAGUUCUUAUUGUACAUACGCUACUACCGCGUAAAUUAGAACAUCAAAACCGCAAACGGGUAUUUCCAUAUUACUAUAUACUCUUAAACAAAUAAAACUCCAUUACUACAUACCUAUUGAGAAAAAUAAAAUGAAUAUGUUUAUAAGUAUUCAUUUUCGACUAUCUUCGACUAAAUUUUUUCUCUGCAUCAAAUUAAAUAUUGUAAAUAAAUGCGUGGGUAAGCCCACAGCAUAGAGGAUGAUAUACAGUUUAAAAAUCAGCUCAUAUAGCAAUACAAAAAAGUCUUCAAUUUUUUAUGAAUGACUUUAAAUUGAAAACUCUUCAAAUUUGUAAUCCAUCUGAUGACUAUAUUAACAACCGAUUACUUAGUUAUUCGAAAUCUAUACCUAUAUCUAGUUUCUCCUACUACAACGGCGCAUAUCUAAGGCAAAGAGAUAUUUAUAUUUGAUCGAUACCUGGGGUAGCCUAACUCUAGGUGAGUUGUGGAUUAAAAAAAAUAUACAUAUACGAUAGUGUGAAGUGUUUAGUAGGAAUCGUUCUUAUUGUUAUAAUUGAGGUUUUCAAACAAUGGACCACUAAGGAGCAUUUUUUCAGAUGAAACGAAAAGGUGAAGGCUUUCAUAGGAUUAACUUAUAGACAUAUAAUAGUGGAAAAUUCGGAGGGUUGUCAUCAAACUGUAUGUACAAAGCGUACCAUACCACGAUAGAUACUCUGGGUAGUUGAUGACAUAAAGGAAUACUCUAAUACGAAAACAAAAAAAUAGCCACUCAUAACAACACCCCUGGUAUUAAACAGUUGCUUGCCUACCCAUUAUUCAUCAUUUGUUGAAUGUAAAAUAAAAUAAAGUUCUAUGUUUUAUUAUA